ACUCGGCAGGUCUAACAGCAACUGUGUAGAGAAAAACAGAGUUAACGUUUUGAGUCCGUCUGACUCUUGUUCAUGGCUGAAGAGAAGUAAAAAUGUGAUGAAUUUUAUACUGUUUAAGGAGUUGGAGCAGGUCAAGCUGGACAGGAAGAUUUGUUUCAUCCUCCUAUUGGUUCAUUACCUACAAGUCGUGGUCUGUUGUGGCCAAGGCGAGUAUACCAUUAAUGGACAGUGCUGCUCAAAGUGUUCACCAGGCACGGUAGUGUUCAAUCAUUGCAGGAGAGAUUUUGGUACAGUAUGUAAACCAUGUACAACUGGAAAAUAUAUCAACCAUCCUAAUGGGUUAGAGAAUUGUUUUGACUGUGCAGCUUGUGAUCAAGAGCUUGGGCUUCAAGUUAAACAUGAAUGUAUUGCUACACAAAAUACAGUAUGUGAACCAAGAGAAGGUUAUUACUGCAUAGACAAACCCUGCCAGCUGGGUGGAAAGCACACAACAUGCCCUCCAGGUGAAGGAGUUAAAGAGAGAGGUACAGAUUUCACAGAUACUGUGUGCGAGGUGUGCCCUGAAGGAACAUAUUCAAGAACUGAUUCAUCAACUGAAGCAUGUGAGAAAUGGACUGAGAGAUCCUCGUGAUCCAAGAAUCCAAAAUUCCUCUGAAAUUACUUCACUGACUGGCCAACAUGAAAUGAAUGUCAGAAAAAUAUGAUUACUUUGGUCUAUUUGGUUUGGGUGUUUUGUGCGAUUGACUUGUCAAAUCCAAAUUCAUUUUGGUACAGUCAGUCCAGGAAGACAAGAUAGGGUUGUCAAAAUAAGUGAACUUGGAAGACGGUGAAACCUCUUCAAAUAAAUACAUCUGAACAGAAACUCAUUGGGAGCACCAAAUCCAUCACAUAAAAGAUACAAGCUGCAUCUUGAAACCAUGGGUACUCACAAAUUCGAAACUACCAAGGCAGCAAGUUCAUUUACAACUUAUAAUGCCAGCCUGUUAUAACCUUUCAGAAUAUUCAAAGUAUCUGAACUGUGUGUGAUUUAUGUCUCGUACACCCAGAAUAAUCAGACCUGAACCACAAUUCAGAUUGAGCACCAGCCAGCUCAAAUACUGUCGUCCUUAGUGAGACAUCCGGGCAGCUAGAUCAGACGAGAAGGAAUAAACUGUUGACUGGUGUUGUAAUUUUUGUUGAACAUUGGUGGACUGUACCCAUAUUUCAAUUUAACACGUACCCAUUUUAACAUUUUCUUCAUGACUUUAAUGCAUUUAAUGGAUGCAUUCAUUCUUGAAAUGCAAAGUUGAAUCGUGAAAAUUUGUACCUGAUGUCAAAAGUCCGGAUGGUAAAUUGAGUCCAGCAUGAGUGGAAAAAGAACUCGGAAAAGGACGUUUGAACACCUGUUGACUUUGCUUGGUUCAUUUCACUUGACUCCGUUGUGGAAAAAUGGUAGAAGAUCACAGCAGAGAAUGGAUGAGCCAGCUAUCGCUCAGUGGCUGGCAAUCUCCCAUCUGAAUCAGACGAUUUUCCAAACACAUCAACCCUAAUGUCUAUCAACUCAGUAAACAAACUUUUUCAAACUAAAAAAAAUCAUAGCUUAACAGGUGAUUUAUAAACUUCAUUGGAUAAUUAUUUUCAUAACUCAUUUAAGAAAAGCGAGGUAUUUCCUAUAGAUGUCUGGGUAAAGAUUCUGAUAAAGAAAUUCCACUUUUUUCUGUACUGUUCAAUUUGCUAAAAAGGACCUUUAUAAACCGAGAGAUGAGCCCCACCAUGACUGGUUCAACCCUGGCUUUCACUGCCUGACAGUGCCACCUCACCUGGUAUCUUCAUGAUUUCUUUGCCACCCAUUUUCCCAACAAGCCUGAGUUAAACACGAGCAUUUCACAUUCGUUACGAGGUUAACCUGGCAGACGUUUAAUUUCUAAAUGUUUUACAGUUUGGAAGUUCAUCAUGUAUUGAUUUAUUAAGGCAAUCCUAAUGUGUAAAUAUAUGCAUUAAGUAUGUAAAUAUGUAUUAAAUAAUUUAUGAGGAUUA